AUGUCGUCAUUUACACAUAUAAAGUUGAGUUUCCUUCAAAUCUUUUCCAAUGGUUUAGUAAAACGUGUUGAAUGGGAAACCUCCAAUGAUUUAUCAUCCAAUGGAUAUAAGUACUCCGAGGAUGUGAUCAUUGACUCUACCAAGCCUAUAUCUGCACGGAUAUUUCUGUCUGAUACUCUGGGCUCCACUUGCCGCCUUCCAGUUCUAGUUUACUUCCAUGGUGGUUGUUUCAUUGUAGGCUCAACCAAAUGGCUUGGGUACCAUACUUUCCUUGGAGACUUUCCAGUGGCAUCCCAAUCAAUAGUUCUUUCUGUGGACUACCGCCUUGCACCUGAAAACAGGCUUCCUAUAGCUUAUGAUGAUUGUUAUAGUUCACUUGAGUGGCUAAAUUGCCAGGCGAGCUCUGAACCAUGGCUUGAGAGGGCUGACCUCUCUCGUGUGUUUUUCUCAGGGGACAGUGCUGGAGGAAUCAUCUCCAAGCUUUCAGCAGAUGAAAUUGAUGCUACUUCCCAAAAUUAUCAUCCCCUGCUCAUAUUGGAUUUCAGAAUCAUUAAUCUUCUACUGCUUAGCAGCACUUCAAAUUAA